CGGUCCAGCAGCCGCUCGCCGGCGAGGAGCUUUCAGGGUGAAAAUGCACCAUGGCAUGGGUGGAUCGGUGGGCGAUCGUCACGGCGUUCAAAAUCCGGCGAUGCAGGCCAGGAAUGGGUUGUGCGACACAAUUGAAAAUUACAUAUCCGAGCUAGGCCGAUGGGCAGUAUGGAGGGCGAUAAUAAUGGGCCAGUUUCUCUCGCUGGUGCUGUGCUUCAUGACACUCGUAAAUCAUCACAUAAACACCGCCUCGUACAAGCUUUCGCUUCCAACAGGACAAAAUCUUCCACAUUACGUGAUGAUGUGCUUAGUUUAUACGACGUGGAUGUCCUGCCGAGGUGUGGGAAAUGGCCUAAUUUCCGUCAUAAGAGCUCGUGGAUGGAGAUACUUGCUGUUAGCACUGAUCGACGUUGAAGCAUGCACGCUUAUUACGUCGUCUCAUCAAUUUACCAGCCUCGCCAGCAUACAUCUUCUUGACUGCGUGGCGAUACCGGUUGCCUUGGUACUCUCGUUUCUAGUAUUGGGUGUCAGAUACAGAAUGGUACACAUCGUUGGUGUGUCCGUUUGUUUAAUGGGCGUCGGAUGCCUGGUUUGGGCCGGUAUAGAUGACAAUAACGAUCCUACGGCUACUGGAAAGAAUCAACUCGUCGGUGAUAUGCUUUGUCUCGGCGGCGCGGUAUUGUUUUCGGUGACGACGGUUCUGCAAGAGCUGGCCGUUAAAACAGUCGAUAUUAUUGAAUACCUGGGCAUGAUCGGUUUCUUCGGUACAAUAUUGAGCUGCAUGCAAACUGCCGUGCUCGAGAGAUUUCAAAUAGAAGCGUUCGAAUGGGACAAUGCACCAGUAAUAACGAUCCUGAUUCUUUAUUGCAUCACGCAAUUCAUGUUCUUCUCUCUAGUGCCAGUAAUAUUGUUUGAGUCUGGCGCUACCGCAUUGCAACUGGCGCUACUCACUUCGGAUUCUUUUAAUAUAUUAGCUGGAAUGCUUAAUCACCACUAUAAGUUUCACGCAUUGUACUUUGUUUCGUACACACUCACGAUGACCGGCAUAUACAUAUACGCAAUAAAGAGAACACCGAUAUCAUCGAAUUCACGAAGGCAGCAUAUCGAACCGCCUAUCCCAGAUUACAGACACAUGUCCCAUCCCGAUGUCGGAGAAGUGGAGAUGGCUACGAGCUCUGGAAUGUCCGGGGUGAGCGGCACCCUCGAUAUCAGGGCAUCCACCCUCGGUAGUGAGAGGGGGACAAUGGAUGCAACGAGCCUACCCCUAAGCGUUAGCUCGGACACGGCCUUCACCUCCUUCUAUGGCAGUCAGGCGAACUUGAAGGUAGCAUCAAGAUCAAUGCCACGCGUAUCCUCCAAUUCGUAUUUCGAUACGAAAAACUCAUCCUGAUGUCUGUCGGGGACGAACUUGACACGAGUUCAAGGUUCAGGCUGCGAACGGGAAGAGCGAUUCUACCUGUAAUUAAUAAGCGGAAGAAAACGACUGCCUAGAAUAGAAUAGAAUAGCGCGCGAUUUCUUCGUUCAAAAUGCAACAUUUUUCAAAACGGGGCCCUUAAAAAAAAACGAAAAAAUGUUUAUAUAUCGACACGAUUACAAAUGCUAGCACAUAGUGCAAAAACUCUUUUUUGAUAGCCGCAUAAAAUUAUUAAUUUAUAAUAUUAAUUGUAUUUAUAACAGGCAAGACGAUAGUUAGACCGUCUUAAAGUGGCAUUAAUUCAAUACUUUUUUAGUAUAUGAUAUUAUUUUAUUAUUUGGUAUAAAUAUUAUUUAAUAAAAAAAAUGUAUAUAUUAGUAUAUAAUAUUAGAGAUUAAUUGUGUAUUUUUUGUUAAUUUAAUUGAAAUAUUGGAUCAAAUUUAAAAACGGUCAUAGAAUCAAAAUUUAUUCAAUUAGAUAUUAAUAUUUUCCUUCUAAUCAAAAACAUUCUCAGCAUUAUUUAUAUAGAUGUGAGCUAGUUCUGUAAAAACGAAACGUGCCAAAUAUCAAAAUCUAUUAGCACUCAGAUUAUAGAUCUAGAAAAAUGUGAAUGCAAACGUGUACUCGUUUUAUGUACAUUGUAUACUCAUUUUCACUUGAAUUUUUUAUAUUAACACGAAUUACCUUCGUGGACAUUUGUUAUGACUAUUACUAUUACACACAAUCGAUAUAUUAUAGUAUAUAUAUAGAGAUAUUUAUAAGUUACAAUAUGAUAACACGGGUUAACCGAGAAAGAAAAUUUUAGAUAAUCUAAUGCGACGAACUUGUGGUAAUUAAUACAAACAUAAUUAAUACGGUCACUAUAAGACGACUUUCUAACUCUAUGCAAUACUGUUAUAUUCUUCUUUUUCAACAGUACGAUUUGCAGUAUAAUGAAUAUCAUCAUCAAUACAAAUAACAAUUAAAACACUAUACUUAUUUUAUAUUCCGCUAUCUCGCUCAUAAUAUCGAAGUAUAAUAACGACUAAAUCUUCUGAUGCAAAAACUAAGUGUCUCGUCGAUAAUCUACUUUUUUGUUGAGAUCGAUAAUCGUAAUGAAAUCCCGAGGGAUUUACACAGGGUGAGCAGAAAAUCUAAACUCGACACAAUUCUAAUCUGAUUGUUACACGUUACUCAUAUAUAUUAUCACAAUUAUUCAAUUAAUCUUAUAAUAAGUAGCUAAUAUACAAGUUAAGAAUACCCAAAAAUAAGGUGCUAAUUUAAAAUAAAAUUUUCCUAUAUUAUAUAUAGUUGAUUGUCCACUUUAACUAUAUAUAAUGUGUUCACAAUAUUUUAUUCACAGAUUUUAUGAUAUAUGAAAAAUUAAUUAAUGAUAUAUGUAUAUUAAUUAUUAAUUAUACACUUAUAUACAAUACUCUUUUAUGCACAAAAAAUCUCAGCUCAGUUUCGAACAUUAUUAUUAUUAUACGUAUGCGAGACAACAAUAAUCUCGUUUUGACAUUAUUUAUCCAAAUCAUGUAAAAUGGAAACAAUUGAUAGAUAUAUGGCCAUUAUAUUGUAUCUGCAUUGUUUAAUUACUAGCUUAUUAUUAUUAAUAAUUAUAUAUAUGUUUUACUUAUUAUCGCGAUAUUAUUUUUGUUAUUUUUUGUUAUUUAUUUCGAAAAGAUUAUGUAUUUGUAUAUUUAAAAAUGAUUUGUAUAUAUUCUUAUUUUUUAGAAAUACUUUUAUUCAAUUAAGAUAAAGUAUAGUAUAAUUAACGUAGUAUUUUCUAACGUAUCUUUUUAAGAUUAAAAUGGAAUCAAGAAUAUUAAUAGAGCUUACUAUAACUACUGUUGUUUCUAUAGAGGAAAGUUAUAAACUAACAUUUUUAUUAUAUUUAUAAUUUUAGAUUCUAAUAGAAUGCAAAUAAUACUCAAAGAAUUCAGAACAAUGUCUAUUAUAUCUGUUGUUGCGUUAUUCCAAGCAGAAAUCAUCUAUAAUUUUUUCUAAUAAUAAAAUAUUGUUUUAUAUUAAAGAUAUGGAUUAUAUAUCUAUAAUAUAUUAUAUAUUAAAUACACAGAUUAAUUAAUUUAUGUUAACAAAAAGUAUUUAUAUUAUAUAAAAAUUAUAUAAAAAAUUUAUAUUGAUGAGCUUUAAAAUGCGUUAUAAAUUAUAAGGAUUAUUAUUUGUAAAGAUUGAGACUGACUGAAAAUGAGUUGUAGCAAUACUUUUAUCUUAUCCCUUCUUAGAUUAUAAUCUUGCUCAUAAUGUAGAC